AUGCACGCGUUACGUGAUCAAGCUAUACGCAAUGCCGAGGUCUACUAUAGACUGCGGCUCGAGGACAGGGAAGACGAGGGACGCGCGCUUGCGGCAUGGCAGAACCAGAAAAACAGUCUUUCAUCCGACCACGCACGGCGCUGUGUCCGCGGUCUGCUGAAGAAUACCCUUUUGAAGGAGGCUCUCGACCCUCUCCUCGAUAUACCCGGUAUGCGGUCGGGGCUACUCAUCAGUACCAUACAUAAGCUUUUGACAGCCAAGGCUGAUGAGGAAGCCAAGGCGUAUUUGGACCAUACACAUGCCCUCUGGGUACGAAUAGCGGGAAGCAAGGAGGCCACAGCCAAACUCGAGCCCGACGACGUGCAGGCUCUGCACUUGCGCUGUCCGCGGUUCUGCACGAGCGAUGCGGCCUUGAUCCACAAACAGAUGGAGCAGGGCAUAAUCUUCCGCGCCUUCACUCCAAACGAGCGGAGCGCCGCACUCGCGGAGAUUCUCAGCAUCGAGACGAUUAUAACAUCUCUACACACCUUCUCCCAGGACAUCCACAUCCUCCAAGUCUGCGCCACCAGCAUGCGCCAUAUCGUGACGCCGCGAGGCCAGACGAUUCGUCAGGCGUUGCUGGGCUGUUACAGGCCAGUAGAACGCGCACAAGAGAGCAAUGACACGGCCUCCGCAGCUGGCAUUGCUAUCCAGGAACUAUGGGUAUUCAUGCUCGGCAACCUCCAGGGCAUGGCGAACCCUACAUCAGCAUCGAACAAGAGACUCGCAGGACCCAUCACCGAAGCUUCGCACGAUAUUCUAGUACAGGCGGCGGAGUAUGCGCAGCAGCUGGGUUUUCGGUCCACGGAGAUACAGAGACUU